ACGCUAUCGACAGUUGUAAAGCUAAGCAUUUAAAGGAGGAAGAAUAAUGGAUUGGCUGCUAUUCUCUAAGGGUAUUUUAAUCGCAAUGUUUUCUUAUUUGGAGGUGCUGGUGAAGCAGUUCAUUCCCAAGAAGAAAAAAUCUCUGGGAGGAGAGAUUGUUCUGAUUACUGGAGCUGCCCAUGGACUUGGAAAGGGAAUAGCUUCUGCAUUUUCCAAGCACCAGUGCCAACUGGUUCUUUGGGAUAUCAACAAGCAAGGCGUUGAGGAAACAGCAGAGGAAUGUAGAAAGCUGGGUGCUUUCGUCCAUUCAUAUGUGGUGGAUUGUGGGAAAAGGGAGGACAUCUACAGAACUGCAGAUAAGAUGAAAAAAGACAUCGGAGACAUCACUAUCUUGGUUAAUAAUGCCGGAGUGAUCACCAUAGGAGGUCUUCUUUCAAUCAAGGAUGAGGACAUCCAGAACAUGUUUGAAGUUAACGUUCUUGCUCAUCACUGGACCGUGAAAGCGUUCCUGCCAGCAAUGAUUGCAAAGAACUAUGGCCAUAUUGUCACAAUUGCUUCAGUUUCUGGUUGGGUGGGUGCACCAUUCAUGGUGACUUAUAGCGCAUCCAAGUCUGGUUGUAUUUCAUUUCACCAAACCCUGAAAGAAGAACUACAUCUUUUGGGAAAGGAUGGAAUCAAGACAACAUGUCUAUGCCCAUAUUGGAUUGACACUGGCUUUACAAAGGAUAUCAUUACAAAAGUUCUUCCCCUCUUAGACACUGAGUAUACGGUCAAUAAACUGAUGGAAGGAAUACUUACUAAUCAGGAAAUGAUUGUUCUUCCAGCAGAGGCAAACGUCAUGGCGAAACUUUCAAGUCUUCUACCAGGACGUGUUCCCAGAUUUGCGACAAAAAUUGAAAGAACGGUAAUUGAUAGAUACAAAAAUCAGUGCCAAAGUUGUAAAUAAAUUAACUGACGGUUUGCUGCAGUGUUUGUGGAAGGGAGACAGCAGCUGGCAGUGGGAAUUGGAUCCCUGAAAAGCAAAGUAUGUGUUUGGAGAUAUUUGGAAGUUCCUGACGUCUAGAACCCAAUUUUCACUGUCAGCGCUUUACUUGAACAAUAUAUUCUUAUGUCUUCCUGGAGACGAUAUUGCGAUGGCUGUUAACUGGUUUGAGAUUAUUUAGUAUUUAAUCAUACCUCUUUGGAUUACUUAAUUACAUUACAUUUAAAAAUAUUUGCAUAUUACCCAUAUCUGUGUAUUGAUGCCUCCUUUUUAUUUCUUUUUGAGAUACCAAAGGAAAUGCAAGACAAUUUUAUCUUAUUUACCCUUUUAUUUCAUAUCUUUUUUUUCAAUCUCACACGAUUAAAAAAGCCUCAAAUAUAAACAAACUUACUCUAAACAGUUAAA